UGCCGAUCUACCUCACCAAAGAAGGACGAUAAAUUGGGGUCGAGCAGGUCUUCUUCCCAAGACCCGGAAUUGAGGCGUCAAAUCGAAGAACUUGGUAAAAGUUUGGCAACUAUGUCCGAAUUUGUCCAAGCAGAGAAGGCGAAGAAAGCCGAGGAGGAGAGAUUGAGGCGAGGGGCAGAGGAGGAGGAACAACGGAGAGAAGCUAAAAAGUUGGAUCGAGAAAAGAAGGCACGGAAGAAGAUUGAGAAGCAAAGAAAAAAUGAGGAGAGAGUAGCCGAGAUUGAUAAGAAGGUGCAACUACAGGUGGCGAUAAAGACGGGGGAAUUCUUUGAUAGGAUGGAGGCAAACCUGGGUCCUGUUCUCGCCCUCGGACAGAUAGCUAAAGGCAAGAAGCAAGUUGUCUACGUGUCGGAUGAAGGAUUGAGCUCUGGCCAUGGUAGCGGGGGAAGCGCCACCAAGGAAAUCCAAACGAAGACGAGACGCCUAGUCAUAAGCGAGAAGCGAAAGCGUGGAGCAGAGCUAGUGCUUGAAAAUAGUCCUCCGAUGCUUACGCCAGCUAAACGUACCCUGAGGGUGAAGAAGAAGAAGACCAGUGGCGGCGUCUUACGUGUUACCAGAUCUAAGGCAAAAAUGAAAACAAAGGUGUCACCGUACACGGCGAAGGGUAAGAGUCCAGGGCAGCAGGGUACUGUGGCGAAGCUGAGAUUUCUCAACCAAGUCAUGGAAGAACUCCACAAUAUGGACGCACAGCAACUACAAGCAGCAUGUAAGAGUGAAGGUAUCGCAUACAAUGGCAAAGUUGACGCAAUCUUCGACAUCGCGAGCCAUCGUACGCGUAAGGCUUUCGGCGAAGUUGAACCAGUGGUCCUGGCGGAUAAGAUGGCGAAGAGCGAGGACCUACCAGCAACCGUGGAGGACGUUGAUCAAGAGUCCGAGGUUUGAUGUAACUACGGAGUUGACGAGAUAUGGCGUAUUGUGCGUACAAUUACUGACUA